GUAACACAAAUAUCAACACCAAACACAAAAAUGCCCCCCAACCCCACCCCCGUCCUAACCCUCUCAUCACUAACAAUAUCAACCCUCCUCCUCCUAACCUCCUUCAUCCUAACAACCUACACCCUAACCACCUACCUCCACCAAGCAACGCACCUCACCUCCCUCGUCGCAAAAGUCCACAUCUAUAACCACCCGAUCCUAAUUACCACAUCUUAUCAUAUUUUCGCCACGAUUUUCACCUCUGCGGUGUUUCUAACCCUCGCUUUUACUACUCGACGUUCCACUAGCAAAUCUACAUCCGCACCCGUAUCUUGGGUCCUUAAAGGAAGUGUUGUUCUGGGGCUUAUAUUCCUAACCGCCAGCCUCAUCGCCUUUACUGUGAUUCUGGCUACCGGAGAAGUAGGAUUUGGGGCUUCAGUGGGACCAAGAGUCACGGUUUAUUUGGAUGAGAGUGCGAAUGAGUUGGUAUAUCGGGAUGAUGGGACGGGAGUGGCGGGGGUUGUGCUGGGGUGGGUUGGCUGGGGGGCGGGGGUUGUUAGUUGUGUGAUGAUGUUUGUUGGGGGGAGGAGGAAUGGUACCAAUGAAGAGGGGGACAUGGAGAAGGAGGUGAAUGUUGAGGAGGAGAGUGAGGUUGGGUCCGAUAGUGGGAGAAGGGAGUAGGUUAUAGGGGUUAUGGUUAUGUGGAUGGGAUAGUGUGUCUGCAGGAUAGACGCUGAAGACAAUGGGCAGAGGCACCAAAAACACGCCCUGAUGGAUGCAUACCAGGUUGGAACCAGGAAUGAGAAGCGGAGAACGAAGAAAAAGGAUGGACUCGUAGGUAACUGGCUGGUCAUUAAAAGUGUCUCUUUAGUUGUGUGUUGCUUGAUUGGCUUCUUUCUAUAUGCAUGGCUAGAGUUACUUGCUAAUAAUUUUUUACUUAAUGUCUUUUGUUAUAUUAAGAAAUCAGGAUUAACUUUGUC